CUGAGCGCGUGAGACUCACGUUCAUUCCUUGGUCAGUACCCCAGUGGUGUUCGUCAUUAACAUCACACACAUUCAAAUUAAAUGAUUUCGAAAUUAUAAUUAUAUAUAUGGCCCGAAAAAAAUUUAGUGAUGAUUUCAGUUAUCGAUAACUCGCGCCCGCGAGUCAGUGUUGUGUAAAAAAAAAAAUUUAUUUUAAAAAAAAAUUUGUUUUUUGGUUUAUUUGAAUUUUAUUUAAUAAGUGAGUGGAAUGAACAGAUAACUUGAAGCUAAAUAUUACGCAUAUGGGGAACCAGGAUGCGGUGGAUCGGUUACGUGGCCACGAUUCUCUGGUGGUCGAACGUCAUCAGUUGUCUCAGCACGCUGAAUCGAGGUCACAGUUACAAAAUAACUCCAAAACCAUGUCGAGUUGCUGGUCAAAUUACUGGGCAACAAGUACACGGAACAUGUAUGUUUGUAUGGGAGUGUAUAAAGUCACAAGGUACACAUGUAGGCGUCUGUGUCGAUACAUUUAUGUUCGGCAGCUGUUGUGUCCAUAACAAUGAAACGUAUCCCACUAAAUUACCAUCAUCAUCAUCAUCAUCAUCAUCUGCAUCUGCAGCAGUAUCGGCUGGAGUACCAUCAACUCAAGCUCAACUGUCAGGAGCGGCAUCAAUAAUAAACUCAAUAACCAGUUUAACAGGCACUAAUCAUGUAACCAUAACAACUGGUGAGCCAUCCCGAUUAUCCGACACGACAUUAAAUAUCCUGACGACUUUGAGGCCAAUAAGCAUUAUCUCCACUACUACUGCAUCAUCUCCAUCUCCAUCUCCAUCUUCAUCUUCAUCUUUAUCUACAUCUACAUCUACAUCAUCGACAGCAACGGCAGCUAAAGUUACGACACCGUCGACAACCACAACGCCGACAAUAAAAACAACGACCAGACAAAGACCGUUGGGUAUAAAUCGGCCGAAACGACCCCACGUACCCUCCUUACACGAGAUCCAAUCAUCGCCGGCUCGAUUACCAGACGAUGGUAAAAAUCAAAUGGUUGAUGAAAUCGAGGCUAAUCAAGGUUUAACACCUAAUCAAUUAUAUUCACAAGCUAAUACUGUUAAGUACUCAACUAAUAGACCGAUUGUUAAUCCGGUUGACGAUGAUCAGGAUGAAAAUAAUAUUAUUAAUGAAACGAAUCAAGAUCACAUAACAUCAGCGAGCUCGAACUCGAUCCGCACUGAGAAGCCACCCUGGCUCGCAACGAACCCCACCUACCCGAAAACCCACCCCGGGGCGAACCCGAACUUAGACCGACCCAACUUCAUCUCCAAGCCAGAAACCAAACCAAUGAAACCCUGGACCACUCGUCCCACUGAGUCGCCCAGCACGGAGCCAUCCAUCCACUGGACUCUCACCACCGAGCCAGCCUUCAUCACCAAACACAAGACCACCAGCCGCCCGACCAUCUGGUCGUCCGAGUUGUGGACCACCACCGGACACCGGCCCUGGCCCAACGACGGGGACCGCGUCAACGACGAGGAUUCCCCCGCCAACGCCAACUCCGAUCGCGAUGACAAUGACACCAGCAAACCAGAUAAUCAAGAUCACAAGCCUGAUUACAUCAACCCACUAAGUCAUCAUCAGUCUGGACAUCAUCAAUCCCAUGCGUCCCCAAAUCACAAGGAUCAGCAUCAGCCCCAGCAGACUCAGUCCCAGUCCCAGUCUCCGACUCAGUCUCAGUCUCAGUCUCAAACCCAGACCCAGAAUCAGAACCAGAACCAGAACCAGAACCAGAACCAUCAGCAACACAGUCAUUACAUAACGACUGCUGAUAAACCAACGAGAAGACGGACACCCCAGCCACCACGAAUCGCUGCCACGACGGCCAGUCCCAAGGACCAAUCGACUGCUGCUCAGUCGCAGGCCCAAUCCCAGACUGCAGCGACCACGAUGUCGACUACUACGAUAGCGUCGACUACGAGGAAGUAUCAAGGCUCGAUCCCGACGGUUUCGGCGGUGACGGGUCAGGCAGUUGACGGUCGGCAUGGAAGCCAGUGCGGGAUCCCGCCCCUGUUCCCUAGACCCGAGACCAGGAUCGUCGGGGGCAAAGACGCCCCCUUCGGAAGGUGGCCGUGGCAGGUCAGUGUGAGACGGACCUCGUUCUUCGGUUUCUCUAGCACUCACAGGUGCGGGGGCGCUGUUUUGAACGAGAACUGGAUCGCGACUGCCGGACACUGCGUCGAUGAUUUGCUGACGUCGCAGAUAAGGAUCCGGGUUGGGGACUACGAUUUCUCUAGCGUUCAAGAAAGGCUUCCGUAUGUCGAAAGAGGGAUCGCCAAAAAAGUGGUACAUCCUAAGUACAAUUUCUUCACUUACGAGUACGACCUGGCGUUGGUGAGACUGGAAACCAGUCUGGUAUUCGCCCCCCAUAUUUCCCCGAUAUGUUUGCCGGCGACUGAUGACCUUCUCAUCGGGGAAAACGCAACCGUUACCGGAUGGGGACGUCUUUCUGAAGGGGGAACGCUGCCUUACGUCCUACAAGAGGUUUCCGUUCCGAUCGUCAGUAACGAUAAAUGUAAAUCGAUGUUCCUUCGCGCGGGAAGACACGAAUUCAUUCCAGACAUUUUUCUGUGUGCGGGAUAUGAAAAUGGCGGCCAAGAUUCUUGCCAAGGUGACUCUGGAGGACCAUUACAAGUACGUGGCAAAGACGGCCGCUACUUUUUAGCAGGGAUAAUUUCCUGGGGAAUCGGCUGUGCCGAGGCCAAUUUACCUGGUGUUUGCACUAGAAUAUCCAAAUUUGUACCUUGGAUACUUAAAAAUGUAACUUAA